GAAGCAGCUGGAAGCCCACACCCUCCUCUCCUGUCCGGCUUUUAUUUUUCUUUCUCGGCUGCCGCCCCAAAGAGUUGAUUGCUAUUGUGAUCCGCCUAGGAGAGGAGAGAGCAGGGCGCGCGCAGGUGGGCGAGCCGGACCGCGGGAAGAAUUUUCUGCUCAAAAGCCAACUCCACCCAGUCGCCACUGCUGGCGUGGCCCCUGCUUGGAUCCCUGCCGAGACAAUGGAUUAAGUUACUCUUCCCUGGGCCAGGAGUCGCGUUCAUACUUGGGGCAGCAUGAAGGAAAAGGCAAUGAUUAAGACCGCCAAGAUGCAGGGGAACGUGAUGGAGCUGGUGGGGAGCAACCCUCCCCAGAGGAACUGGAAAGGGAUCGCCAUCGCGCUGCUGGUCAUCCUGGUCAUCUGCUCCCUCAUCGUCACCUCGGUCAUCCUGCUGACACCAGCGGAAGAUAACAGUCUGUCUCAGAAGAAGAAGGUCACAGUGGAGGAUCUCUUCAGUGACGAGUUCAAGGUUCACGACCCCGAGGCAAAGUGGAUCAGUGACAAAGAAUUCAUCUACCGAGAGCAGAAGGGAAGCGUGAUCCUGCGGGAUGUUGAGUCCAAUACGUCUACCGUGCUGAUAGAAGGCAAGAAAAUUGAGUCCUUGAGAGCCAUCAGAUACGAAAUAUCUCCAGACAAAGAAUAUGCGCUUUUCUCCUAUAACGUGGAACCCAUCCAUCAGCACUCCUACACUGGCUACUAUGUCCUGAGCAAAAUUCCUCACGGGGACCCUCAAAGCCUAGACCCCCCGGAGGUCAGCAACGCGAAGCUCCAGUACGCCGGGUGGGGGCCCAAGGGGCAGCAGCUGAUAUUCAUCUUCGAGAACAACAUCUACUACUGCGCCCACGUCGGGAAGCAGGCCAUCCGCGUGGUCUCCACGGGCAAGGAGGGCGUCAUCUACAACGGCCUCAGCGACUGGCUGUACGAAGAGGAGGUCCUGAAGACCUACAUCGCGCACUGGUGGUCCCCGGACGGCACGCGGCUCGCCUACGCCACCAUCAACGACUCCCGCGUGCCCGUGAUGGAGCUCCCGACCUACACGGGCGCCGUGUACCCCACCGUGAAGUCCUACCACUACCCCAAGGCUGGCUGUGAAAACCCCACCAUCUCCCUGCACGUCAUCGGCUUGAACGGACCCACCCACGACCUGGAGAUGACGCCGCCCGACGACCCGCGCAUGAGGGAAUACUACAUCACCAUGGUGAAGUGGGCCACCAGCACCAAGGUCGCCGUGAACUGGCUGAGCCGCGCGCAGAACGUGUCCAUCCUCACCCUCUGCGACGCCACCACGGGCGUCUGCACCAAGAAACACGAGGACGAAAGUGAGGCCUGGCUGCACAGACAGAACGAAGAGCCGCUGUUCUCCGGGGACGGGCGCAAGUUCUUCUUCGUGAGGGCGAUCCCGCAGGGCGGGCAGGGCAAGUUCUACCACAUCGCCGUGUCCUCCUCCCAGCCCAACAGCAGCAACGACAACAUUCAGUCCAUCACCUCGGGGGACUGGGACGUGACCAAGAUCCUGUCCUACGACGAGAAGCGGAAUAAGAUCUACUUCCUCAGCACGGAGGACCUGCCCCGGAGACGACACCUCUACAGCGCCAGCACGGUGGGCCCCUUCAACAGGCAGUGCCUGUCCUGCGACCUGGUGGGCGACUGCGCCUACGUCAGCGCCUCCUUCAGCCACGGCGCCGACUUCUUCCUGCUCACCUGCGAAGGUCCCGGCGUCCCCAUGGUGACCGUGCACAACACCACGGACCAGAAAAAGAUGUUCGACCUGGAGACCAACGAGCACGUGCAGAAGGCCGUCAGCGAGCGGCAGAUGCCCAAGGUGGAGUACAGGCAGAUCGAGGUCGACGAGUACCGCCUGCCCGUGCAGAUCCUGAAGCCGGCCACCUUCACCGAGACCGCCCACUACCCGCUGCUCCUGGUGGUGGACGGCAGCCCGGGCAGCCAGAGCGUGGCGGAGAGGUUCGCGGUGAGCUGGCAGACGGUGCUGGUGAGCGGCCACGGGGCCGUGGUGCUGCGCUGCGACGGCCGGGGCAGCGGCUUCCAGGGCACCCGGCUCCUGCACGAGGUGCGGCGGCGGCUGGGCGUGCUGGAGGAGCGGGACCAGCUGGAGGCCGUGCGGAUGAUGCUGAAGGAGUCGUACAUCGAUAAGACGCGCGUGGGCGUGUUUGGGGAGGACUACGGGGGCUACCUGAGCACCCACCUCCUCCCUGCCAAGGGUGACAACCAAGGCCAGAUCUUCGCCUGCGGCUCUGCGCUCUCCCCGAUAACAGACUUCAAGCUCUACGCGUCUGCGUUUUCCGAGAGGUACCUGGGCCUCCACGGGCUUGACAACAGAGCCUAUGAGAUGACCAAGGUGGGCCACCGGGUGUCAGCGCUGGAAGGACAGCAGUUCCUGAUCAUCCACGCGACCGCUGACGAAAAAAUCCACUUCCAGCACACGGCAGAGCUCAUCACUCAGCUCAUCAAGGGCAAGGCCAACUACAGCCUGCAGAUCUACCCGGACGAAAGCCAUUACUUCCACAGCGCCCCCCUCAGGCAGCACCUGCACCGCACCAUCGUCAACUUCUUCGUGGAGUGCUUCAGGGUUCAGGACAGAGUGCCCACAGCCACAGCCAAGGAGGAGGAGGAGGACUGAGCGCCGCCCCGGCCGCCCCUGGCGCAGCAGCGUGGCUCUCCCUGGACCAGCGUGGGGCUGGGCACCCCGCCCCCCUCUCCCGCCCAACCGCCCGCCCGCACUGGGGUGGGGGGCGGGGGGCGUUCCCGAUCCCUAGCAUGUGUGUCUCGGGCCCUGAAGGCCGUUUUGCUUCAGAAACCAGCUCCUUCCCGGCUGGAGGCGCCUCAUCACUCCCACGGGCUUCCAGGGAGCCAGGGGCCGUCACAGCCUCCUGCUGGCCGCAGAGCGACGAGUGCAUCCCACCGCCGCCCCGCCCCUCCCUGUGCACCCCCGGGACCGGAGGACCGCGGCGGCCGCCGCGAGGAAGCCUGCCCCGGCGAGCGUGAGCACCGCGCCCCCUGCCGGCGGCACCGCGUCCUGUCUGAUGUAACCGCGCCAUGGAAACCACGAGAGCACAAUCCCUCUAACAGCACCUCCUAGGUUGGCUUGCUCCUUCCUGUGCUAGGGCCCUCCGCGUUUUUCGGGGCUGUCCGCCCGGUCUUACUGUAGCGACGCUAAUGGUUAACCUUGCGGAAUUAAUUCGUAUUUUUCUAUGGUUUUUACCUGACGCUGUCUGCGGCCCUGGGGUCGUCUUUCUGUGCCGGGUUGGUUUGUCUGUUCGUUUGUUCGUUAUCCUCGGUUCCGCGUGGCUUCCUCCCGCCCGCCUGUCCGCUUGGCACUUGUUUGUGAGAAGAAACAGAUCAGAAGUCACUGCUCACCCCUCAAGGUCGGCUCUAGACUUUUCGGAGACAUUUCACACCGCGGAGGAGGGGGAAAACACCCAGCCCUACUUACUGACACAAAAGAAAGUGCAUAAAUAAAAGCUGUCUCCCGCACCCAGCAGCAAUAGGGUUCGCUUAGAUUCUCAUCGUCCGUCUACCGAUGCCCCCGGGCUUGUCCUCCUCCCCGGGAAGCUGCCAAGUCUGUCCCCGUGACAUUUGUUUUUUUUUUUUAAAAAAAUACAUAAAAAGACAGAGUGUGGACACCACCCCAGGUCCAUCACGUGAGCUCGGGGGAUGGGAACCCUUGAGGAGAGUGUGGGCGUUCUCGGGCAUCACCCCCCACCCUGGGGAUGCUUGGUGACCGCCACCCCCCCACCCGCCGCAUGGAGCCACCCAUGGACGCCGUGGACACCCUCGGCCAGACGUACCUCGCGGGGGUCGAGUGCGUUUCGUUUUGUUGUACAUAAAGACUGGCAUGUGCGCCGGAUGCCACGCCGUGCCCCCGGCCCCUCCCGCGGUCCCCGUCCCGUGUCGCCUGCAUGCCGACCCGGCUGGCCUGCACUGUCCACACGUGCCCGUCUCAAAGCUGUCACCCACCCUGACCAUUCAUUCCCUCGGCAGCUCGUUCUCCGCCCGAACGUCAGCCCUGACCUCUCCGGCCCCCCGGGGGGCUGCGCGGUGGGGGGGACCCUUUGUUGGCAGAGAGGACACGUCUGUGGCGCUUCGGGAUUUGGGGGGUUGGGCGUCGUCGCUGCGAGCCAGCUAAUGCCAUGGGAAGGUGUCCAGGGGUUUUUUAAGGUGACACGUCACCAUGUAUGGAAAGCAUCAACGUGCAGACCUGUGGGCCACCAGGAAGGUGACGUGGUCAUGCUUUUGCCGCGUCGGUGGGCUCAGCCGAUGGCGCGUCACGGCCUAGGGCUGACCGGCCGCCGGCUCGGGCCAGGAGACCCAGUGGUGGGAGGGACGUGGGAAUGUGGUGCGGGUGGUGCAUCUGUGCGUCCACGGAAUAAAACGU